CCUUUAUCUUUACCUUUACCUGUCUGUAGUGGUGGCGGAUCGCUGUCACAGGCACAACCAUGGAUAUCCGACCAAAUCACACCAUUUAUAUCAACAAUGUAAACGACAAAGUCAAAAAAGAAGAGUUGAAGCGCUCCCUCUACGCGCUCUUCUCUCAGUUCGGUCAGGUCAUCGAAAUCGUGGCCAUGAAGACCAUGAAGAUGAGGGGACAGGCCUUCGUCGUCUUCAAGGAGCUCGCCGCCGCCACCAACGCUCUGAGGCAACUUCAGGGCUUCCCCUUCUACAACAAGCCCAUGAGGAUACAGUACGCAAAGACCGAUUCGGAGGUCAUUGCCAAGGUGAAAGGCACGUAUGGCGACAAGGAGAAGAAGAAGGACAAGAAGAAGAAAGCUCAGGAGCCGGCCACCAGCCUCAUAAAGAAACCAGCAGCGGGAUCAGCAGCACCGGUUCACUCGGCUGCAGUACAGGUGCCGGACAACCCGCCAAACUACAUCCUGUUCCUUAACAACCUCCCUGAAGAGACCAACGAGAUGAUGCUCUCCAUGUUGUUCAACCAGUUUCCUGGUUUCAAAGAGGUGCGGCUCGUCCCGGGGAAACACGACAUCUCCUUCGUGGAGUUUGAAAGCGACACACAGGCGGGCGUGGCCAAAGACGCCCUGCAGGGCUUCAGAAUCACGGCGACCUGCGCCAUGAAGAUCACGUACGCCAAGAAGUAGACGGCAGGUCUGACAGCCUGACACAAAGAGACUCUGAGGCGGAGCAGAGGGGAAACAUCCCUGGAUUUCCGUUGAUCCUUUUGAUUUGUGUAAAUCCUACAGAGCGUUUUUUGUUUUUUGUUUUUUUAACUUCUUGUUUGGUAAAUUCUGUGUCGUCGUUUUGUGGUCAAGCAAAUGAUCUCUGGCCAAUGUCUUAUUUUGUAAAAUAAAAAGGAUUUUAGAUAAA